AUGAUUUUGCCUCACGUGGCCGUCCGAUCUCUACAGGCGCUCUCUGUGAACGCUCCCCGCCCAUCGCUGUCAUCGUCUGUGCAGUGCCCGGUGGUCCUUGACGGACGCAUCCCUCAAAACUUCACCCUCGACGCCUUUGACACCAACGCGAGCCCUUAUAACCCGGGCUUCACUAAGGGCGAGGACCCGUGGUCCAAGAUUAUCCUGUUUCCUAACGUCCCGACCACUUCGCGGUUCGACGUCUCGGCCAAUACCACGGGAAACUUCAAGGCGUUGGAGGUUACCAUCAACGACCGUUCCAUCUUCAAUCCGCCUCCGGGAAAGAAUCCACAGCUAGGGUUCCGUCGCGCCGGGCUGUUGCUCGGAAGUGGUUCCGAUGCGUCUAAUGAGGGCGUCAUGACAUUCCACUGGAGCUCGAUGCAGGACUCGGAGCGCAAGUUGAACCUCACGCACGAGUACCUCACGGCAUUCCACGAGACCAACGACUCCGGCGGUGCACAGUUCGCACUACAGCUGGGGCUUCCACUCGGCCAGAAUGGCACCGAACCGCCUGCAACUAACUGGAAGAUGUUGGACCGAAACAACAGCGUUGUCUUCACUACGCCGCUCAAGUUCAACGCUUGGCAGAACUUUGCGGUCACGCUUGAUGUACCCCAGAACACCAUGCAGGUUUUCUUCUCUGAAGGCAACGAGCCACUGAAGGCUGUCACCAAGGUUCUUCCAAACAACAACGCCGGUGGCGGCGUACUUCAGAUUGGCAUGUUGAAGAAGCCUACCGAGACCAAGACGGUUGUGAAUGAUGGGUUCCAGGAGAGCGGGCUGAAUGAGGGCCAAAUUUUGGGCGGAAUCUUUGUUGAAAACAGCGCGAACGGCUGCGUGUCCUUGUGA